AUGUCGUCUGCUCGGUCUUCUAAGCGGCAGAAGCUCCAGCACCCUGGUUCACGAUCCAACCCAAUUCAAAUUUCCGACGACGAAACCGGUUCCGAAGCAGGCGAUUUGAGCACGGCGGCCUCUGAGCCAGACUCUCUUCGGCCUUUGCUUUUUGUCCUCGAUACUCUCAACCGCGAUGAGCACCUUGGAAUGAUUUUGGAACGUGCGAGAGUCGCCAAUACCAGCCAAAAUACCCUCAAGACCCUGUUGGACAGUUCCACGGUCAUGGAACCAGGAACCCAGCCCGAGCCCAAAAUUGUCAGGAGCGGUACAGGAGACGAUACAACGUUGCAAGUGGAAACCACCUCUAAUGGACAAACAAUCAUCCCGCGAAACGAGACGAGCUUCCUCCAAGAUCACCCAACUGCAGGACCAUUUCCCUCUCUCCAACAGAUCGAGCACUUGAUGUAUCUCCCUGGCCGCGCCCUCAUGUCUGCCUGUCGGCUAUCUGAAGCAGUACAUCGAUGGGCCAAAGUCCUGGAUAAUCUCUACAGUCUGUGGGAGUCAUUGUGGAAUAUCUAUGACGCAAUGACAAAGCCGGGACCAAGCUCAAGGCCUCUGAAAAUACGCAUGCUCUGGGAAGAACAGAAUCCGCCAAUGUUGCAGGACCUGGAGAGGAUCGUAGCCGACGUGCAGAUUGCAGAGGGAGAGUUGGACAAGCUCGCAGAGGCGGUACUCACGGAAGCUGCUGCUCAUGUCAGCCAGGGAUGA